UUAUUAAGUGUUCAAACAAAUAAUUCAACAAUGAUUGCUAAAUUUGUUUUGUUAGGCGCCAUCGUUAUGGUUAAUUGUGUUUAUUCCGAAGCAUUUGCUUUCGGACGUGGGUGUGGAAAAAAUGAAGUAUUUUCAUCCUGCGGAUCACCAAGUCCAAAAACUUGUGACAAUUACCGAGAAGAGCAUGUCCGCCCAAUGAUGUGUAUGCCACUCUGUGAGUGUGUAGAUGAUAUGGUUCGUAAUAAAUUAGGCGAAUGUGUACCAACAUCGGAAUGCGAAAAAGAGAGUCGUGAAAAACGAGAUGUAUCAAACUGUGGAAAGACACCAAAAUCAGAAAAACGUUACGAACAAACCAGACCAAGAAUAAGCAGCGCCGCUUUAGCCAGUUUAGCCGGAAAGUAAUAAAAAAUAUUGAAUCCCUAUAAUGCUUUGAAUAUGUUAAAUAUAGUUUUUCCACUUUAAA